AUGAACAUCCACAUGCCUCUCGUCUAUGGUCUUAACUUGUUGGUCAACGUAUGGGCGUUCUACCGAAUCCGUAGUGGUUUGUUAAAUCCUGCUGUAACUUUUGGCAUGGUGCUUGCUGGUACAAUACGUGGCCUUGUUCUUUUCCCUGCUUAG